AGCAGACAGAUGCAAAAUGAUCUCUCAAAAGUAUCAUGGCACAAGAUAUCUUUCUGUGUCGCUGUCCACAAGUGUUAUAAAGGGUUGAUUCAGUCCAAAAGAGGAGUAGGAACGUAGGGUCUCGUGUAACUAAUACUGGCUUGGGUAGGGAGCUACCAUGCAUUACUAAUAAGAGAGAACUAGCCAAAACGUAUACAGCAUUUUCAAAGCUCUAAAAUACAGAGCGCAACAAGCAAGCUCCAUUUUGUUUCUUUUAUAAUUUUAUUUCCAUUGGUUUGUGAAAUUUCUAAGGACCUGUGAAGGACAUUCGCUUUUAAGAUGCCAUCAUAGUUAACGGUGUCAAACGGGAAAUUUUCCAUAUUAAGAAGCGGCAUUGAAAUGAACAUUGUGAGAAAAGAUAAUUUCAUGAUACCGUGGAACAUUUUUUGCGUACAUUUUCUGUUGCUUUCCUUGGAAGGAUCUGUCUGUGAAUUACCUCUUUUGAAAAGAACUCCAAGGAAUGAAUUUAAUGCAAUUCGUCAGAAAAGAGAUCUCUUAGCAGCUGAGACUGCUGCAAUAUCUUCUGGAGCUCCCAUUCAUGAGGCAUUUUCUCAGGCUCAAAACUCAUCACGAGAUUCUUGCCCUCAGGAUUGUCUUAAUGGAGCAGUUUGCACAGAGGCAGGAGUGUGUGACUGUGAGACAUUUCAGGCCCAGGGAGACCGAUGCCAAACUGUUCCAAAUACUGGCAAAGACAGAGAUGGAAUUUGCAAAUCAUGGGGGCAGCAUCACUUUGAAACAUUUGAUGGUAUCUACUAUUACUUCCCGGGAAAUUGCUCUUACAUUUUUGUGAAAGACUGCAGUGAACUGGAGCCUCAAUACACUGUGUGGAUAAACAACAGCCGACAGUGUGCUGGUUCGGUGUACUCUUGCUUGAGGUCAAUCAGCUUGUUCUUUUCAAAUCAGGAGGAAAUACAUAUAUUGGGGCAUGAAGUAAGAAAAGGCAGAAUCAGGUUGGCAUUGCCACAAACAAUUGGAAAUAUUUUCAUCGAGAGAUUAGCAGAUUAUAUUUUGGUGAAAACUACCUUUGGCUUUUCCCUGGCUUGGGAUGGAAACUCUGGGAUUUAUAUUAAACUGACAGAAGAACACAAGGGAAAAACAUGUGGUCUGUGUGGAAAUUAUAACAAUGACACAUCAGAUGAUUUCCUAAUACAAAACAAAGACUAUACGGAAGACAUUGCUAAAUUUGCAAACAGUUGGUCUUUGCAAACUCCAGAGGAUGCAACUUGUGUAGCUACUGCCUCUGAUUUUCCUAGCCCCUGCAAUGUUGACACAGAAUCUUAUGAGAAUAUCUACUCCAAGUGCCAAAUACUCUUAGAAUUUCCUUUUCUAAGCUGCCACCAAAGCGUAGAUCCUUAUCCCUAUAUUUCAAGCUGUAUGAAUGACCUUUGUAGAGAGGAUGAUGAUGAAACUUACUGUCGGGCAGUGACAGAGUAUUCUAGAUCAUGUUCACAUGCAGGCCAUCCGAUACAAGAUUGGAGGGAUGACUUUCCAGCCUGUACUGAUAAGUGUGACGAUAGUUUUAUUCGCCGGGAUUGUAUCAGCUGUUGUCCACCAACCUGCACCUUUGAGAAAGAUUGUCUUGGCAGUAACCUGCACUGCUUAGAUGGAUGCUACUGCCCAGAUGGCCUUAUAUUGGACAAUGGCACUUGUAUUUCUGUAUCUGAUUGCCCUUGUAUUUAUCAUGGGACAGCUUUCCCUGUAGGCUCAAAAAUUGAACAAGAAUGUAGUAACUGUAUUUGUGUUGGUGGCAUUUGGAAUUGUACUGAACAUGACUGUCCAGCUGAAUGUUCAAUUGUUGGCAAUUCCCAUUUCACAACUUUUGAUGGUCGCCAUUAUAGAUUUCUUGGGAUUUGUCAGUACAUUCUGGUGAAAGGUACUGGGAAAGACAAAUUCACAAUCACUUUACAGAAAGCUCCCUGUGGCCAGAACCUUGAUCAUGUCUGCAUUCAGUCUGUAACACUGGUUCUUGAAGAUGACAUAAACAAGCAAGUGACUUUGAACCGAGCUGGUGAAGUUCAAUAUGGUUCCUCCAGCCAGGGCUUUAACCUAAAUGGAUAUGUGGAAGUGCAGAAUUUGUCUUCAUUGUUUGUACAGCUGAAAACUAAAUUUGGUUUAAGAAUCCAGUUUGCUAAAGAUGGUGAGAGAGUGUAUAUUCAACUCUCUACUGAGUGGAAGGAAAGAACUCUGGGUCUGUGUGGAACUUAUAAUGGAAACUUGCGAGAUGAUUUUCUUUCUCCAGCAGGAAUGAUUGAAGGAACUCCGCAGCUUCAUGGCAAUGCAUGGAAGGUUUCAUCCGUGUGUCAUGUGCCUGUCAACAUCCCUGUGGUUGAUCCUUGCAACAUUAAUCAACAAAAUGUUGGGUAUGCAUCCCAGUGUGAUCUCAUCAAUCAAGAACUUUUCGCUCCGUGUCAUGUCUACGUCAGUCCAGAAUUAUACUACCAGCUGUGCCGCUUUGAUGCUUGCAAAUGUGGGAGCAGCUGUUUGUGCAAUGCACUUGCACACUAUGCUUAUGUAUGCAGCAAGCAUGGAAUUACUAUUGAGUUCAGAUCUCAUGUCUCAUAUUGUGCAUUAGUGUGCAGAAGUGGUAUGCUGUAUCACCCAUGUGCUUCUUUUUGUGAGCGUUCCUGCUCUUCCCAUUCUAUUCCGGAUGUUUGCAGUCAUGACUGUGCUGAAGGAUGCAAUUGCCCUGAUGGAAAAUACUUUGAUGAAUCUAUCAACUUUUGUGUGCCAAUGGCUAGUUGCCGGUGUUAUUAUAAAGGCAGAAGUUUUCAGCCUGGAGAAAUUCUGCCCACACCAUCAGGUUCCUGCCAGUGUCUCAAUGGAACUAUGAAAUGUGCUGAAGUUGCUGAAGUUCCUGCAGUUCAUCCAUGCCCUGAAGAAAAGAUUUACUAUGACUGCCGAUCUCAUGUGCCUGGCUUGCCAUCUGCUGGAGUAAACUGUGAGCUAUCUUGUACAAACCUUGCCAUGAACUUCACCUGUGCUCCGUCUCCACCAUGUGUGAGUGGUUGUGUUUGUCCCCCUGGGAUGGCAGAACAUAAAGGAAAAUGUUAUGUGCCUGACAGUUGUCCCUGUACUUGGAAAGACUGGGAAUACAUGUCAGGUGACAUGAUAACUACUCCCUGUUAUACAUGUGUUUGUCGACGUGGGAUAUUCAAUUGCACGUACUAUCCUUGUCCUGCUGUAUGUACUGUCUAUGGAGAUCGGCAUUAUUAUACCUUUGAUGGACUAGAGUAUGAUUAUGUCAGUGACUGCCAAGCUUACCUGGUAAAGAGUGUUGACAGUUCAAACUUGUCCAUAAUAAUUCAGAACAAGAAGUGCUUCGAUAAUGAUAUUGUUUGUUCAAAGAAUGUUUUUAUUUCUGUUGGAGAAGUUGAGAUUUUUUUAAGCGAACCUCUAAAUGUACAGAAAAUGCUGAGGAGAUAUGAAGACAAAGCACAGUAUCAGAUUUGGAAGGCUGGAUAUUACACCGCAGUGCAUUUUCCAGAGCAGGAGAUAACAAUACUAUGGGAUAGAAAGACAACAAUGCAUGUCAAAGUUGGAGCUCAGUGGAAGGGUAAAUUGGCAGGUUUGUGUGGAAAUUUUGAUAAAUUCACUUCGAAUGAUCUGACUACAUCCAACAACAUGGAAGUAAGGAAUGCUCAAGUGUUUGGAGAGAGCUGGGCAAUAGGUCAGUGCACAAGCCCCAAUGAGACCAUUAAACCAUGUGAAGUACACCAGAGCAAGUUCCCCUAUGCCAAAAAGGAAUGCUCAAUUUUGUACAGCGAUGUCUUUGCCCCUUGUCGCAAUGUGAUUGAUGUGACAUCAUUUGUCAAAAACUGCCAUACAGACACGUGCAAUUGUAAUCUUGGUGGGGACUGUGAAUGUCUAUGUACAAGUAUCGCAGCUUAUGCUCACAAAUGCUGCCAGCAGGGUGCAAUAAUUCACUGGCGAUCUCCUUCUCUCUGCUCUUAUGACUGUGAUUACUACAACCAAGGUCUUGGAGAAGGACCAUAUAUUUUUGCCAGCUAUGGCCAUAAUGGCACUGUUAUAGGAGUCAACAUCAGCAGCAAAGAGAUAUUUCCUUUGCCUAGAAUUAGUUUCAAUGGAAAUGUAUAUUUUAAUUUUAUGUUAACUCCUGGACUUUUCAAAGAUAAAAUACCAUCUCCAUCUCUGGUUUCACUUGAGUCUGCUGAAAGGCCAAACUACUUUUUAUAUGCCCAUGAUGACGAAAGUGUUUGUUUAGAACAGUGGGAUGCAAGCUCAUCAUUUCGUAGAAGGACAACUUUUUUCCAUCAUCAAGGCCUUUGGAUUCCUGGUUACAGUGCAUUUGAACUGUACAGCAAGAAAGGGUUCUUCAUUAUACUUAACACUUCUUCUGUGAAAGUAUCCAAGUUUGAUGAUUCUGAAGAAUUCAAAUAUUCAAGCAGCUUCAGCAUAGAGGAACUCCACACUGCAGUACCUUACAGGAGGAUGUGUGAAUGGCGAUAUGAACCUUGUACAAGUCCAUGUGUUAAAACUUGCAGUGAUCCUGAAGGAAUAGCAUGUAAAUUUCUUCCACCGGUUGAAGGAUGUGUGCCAUACUGUCCUAAAGAGAUGAUUCUUGAUGACGUCACACUUAAAUGUGUUUAUCAAGAAGACUGCAUACAUAUGAAGCCUACAGAAUCUUCAUCUGGGGCAAAGCCACUGAGAACAAGUCCUACAGAAUUAAGCACCCAUGUAGUAGGCACAAUGGAAAGUAUGUCUCAGAUGCCUUCGAUAUUCGUCAGUGAAGGGGCUGAACCAACAUAUAUUAAUCUGACUGUGAAAAUGACAACUGAAAGAGCAGCCACUGCAGAUCUUCAUUCACCAACGUCACCUUAUGCAAGCAUGCAUUCACCUGAUUUGUUGUCAGUUCCAGAACAAUCGCUGGAAGACAACUACAGUACUACAACCCUACCUAGACUACUUGAUUCUUCAUCUCCAGAAGCUUUUCCAACUACUUCAGAAGCCCCAGUACUUACUCUAACAUCCUACAGCACAACUCCUGUCUCCUUGUUAUCAUUCCCCACUGCAACAACAGCUUUACCAUCCUCUACUGCUCUACCUUCAAUAACCACUUCAUCUAUAUUAUUAGGACCUGCAGAAUCUUCUGCCGCAUUAGCUACCUUACCUGUUGGACGAAGUUUUGCUUCUGUUGAAAUGCCCACAAGCAUCUUAAUGAGUAGCCAUUCUCCAACACCAGUAGCUGCAGCAACACAGUCUUUUUUAACUGAAAGAACAUCUUUUCCGAGUCCUGUAUUAUUUACAAGUUCACAAUUAACACAAACAUUUAUGAUGACUUCAGGAGCUGCGUCCCAUCUGUCUGCACUUACGACAGCUGUGACUCCUGUUCCAUUAUUAACUUCUAGAUUUAUUGGAUUUGCUACAAGUAACUCAACUUCAGACUCAAAAACAUUAUUGAAAACAUUGCUGCCUACAUCUGUAAUAUCACCAAAAACACUUCCAACCCUUUCUGAAGAUAUUGCUUCCUUGACCUCCAAACAUUUUCCUAUGGUCUCAGAUACAGUUAGUACAGCACCACCUUCAGGUGUUACACAAAGUCCUAAAUGGCCUUUGCUGGAACCCAAAGUGACACACUUAAGCUCUCCAUCAUUGCCUCUUCCAGUUGCAUCUCAAAAACCAAAAGUAACUGGGGAAGUUACCAUUUUCUCAAAAAGCGUUCAUAUAGGACCUUCUACAUUUUCUCUUCCAGGUGUUCCUCAAACUUCGGAAUCAUUUUUAACAAGAACAGUUUCAACAGAAAGUAAACAUGCAUUGCCCACAGAUACAUCUCCACAGUCAACUGUUUUUAUAAGGUCAUCAGAGUUUGCUCAUACCAAGGAUUUAUCUAGUAGUAUUUCCAUGCUACCUAUAAAGGAAUCUCAUGUUACACCAAAAGCAACAUCUGACACAAGUGUUCAUGGAUUUGGCCCACAUACAGAAUUGAAAGCUGUUUCUAUACUUAAAAGUAAAGAUGCUUUAAUUACUCCUGCAGAACUUCCAGAUGCCUUAUCUGCUUUUACACAUCCAUCUAGGGUACUUUCAGUGUUAACAACAAGAUCUUUCAUCCCUAAGUUCUCUGCUUCAACCUCUCAUUCUGAAAGUUCAACAAUGAUCCCCAUGAUUGACAUCACUUCUGCUACAGUAUCAGCUAAAACUCACAUGCAAAUACCAGUUGCAUCACUUGGUGAACAUGCCACCUCAACAAGUUCAUAUCAUGAAGCUUCUCCUUCAGCCUCAACUGUAAAUGCAGAUACUUCCACAACACAAACUAUGUCCCUACCUCUUCUGGGGAUUUCUGAUAUUCCUACACUAUCCUUGGGAAGCAGAAGGUCCUUGACUUCUUCAGUGACCAGUACAAUAUUAUCUUCAUUAGCAACUACAUUCAGUCCUCAGUUUUCAGAGCCAACACAUUCUGUGAGCACUCUCUGGAAUAUUACAUCCGUUGCAGGAGAGGUCACUGAAAAGCUCUCCCUUAGCCCCUCAGAAGGUUCACUGGUUUCAUCUGCCAGCACAACAGCUCUUAAUAAAACUGCAAAAGUGACUGAACUCUCUCCGAUCCAUUUUGAGCUUUACACAGUUGCUACUUCCACCCCAGUUCCUACUUCUUCGCAAUUGCUAAUGCAUGAACCAAAGUUCACUUUGUUUGUACCCAAAUCCUCUACAGAAUCCUUCAAAACAAUACCCAUAAAAGUGGAUGAAUUGAUUGUCUCAGGUUGGACAGAGCAGGGAAUAACACAGGCUUCAGAAUUUCAAAAUGCAACCUCUUUUAAGGAAAUGACUUAUGCCUUAGAAAAAAAGGAGACUUCAGAAGUGCAAGAAGACACGAAGUACGGAAGCACUGAGGGGUCUUCCCCAUCUGUCUUCCAGACGACCCUGUCCAUUAGCAAAAGCAGCACAGCUGAGAAGCCCGACUCUCUCUCCAAAGUGACAGAUAAAACGUUAUCUGAUUGGUCUAGAGUUCCACCACCAAAAUCAAUUAGGCCUUCCUACACCAUGACUGAACCAGAACAAGCGAGAAUCACCAGCUUGGACAAUGUCACAAUAACAGAUAUAUCUCACUUUCCUGCUGAGCCUUUGGGGACCCAAGCAUCACAGACUGAAAUGGAAACAGUGACAACAGAAAGUUCAGAAUAUGCUUCGUUUGGCACAAUGAUACACACAAUCGUGUCUCCAACAGCCACAGAGUGCACGCCAAGAUAUCUUGAUCCAGUAGAUGUGUGCAGUCAGUAUGUGUGCAUUAAUAUGGGAUGGAUGCUUUACAAUCUCUCGAGGAACUGCCAUAAGAACGUGGAAAAGCCUGACUGUGGUUUUCGUGGGAUGCCAGUUCAGAUUAACAGUGACAGCUGUUGUCCAGAAUGGGAAUGUCCUUGUCAAUGCUCUGUGCUGUCUGAACUGAGCAUUAUUACAUUUGAUGGAAAUAAUGUAGCACUAUAUAAAGUCGCCUCAUACAUUUUAGUCAAGCUACCUACAGAAAGUAUUGUGGCUCAUAUCGAAAAAUGUCCCACUAAUCAGAGUGCCAAUUCAAUAAGAAAACUAGCUCCACCUGGAAGUGCUUCAGGUCUUUGUUUUAAGAAACUUAAUGUAACAACAUCUUCUUAUAAAGUGCUGAUCAAUCGUUUAGCAAGAAAGGUAGUUGUGGAUUCGGUGAUUCAGCCUUUGCCUUUCUCAAAACAUGGCUUAUGUAUUCAAGACACUGGUGCCAUGUAUAUAAUCAAUACACCAGCUGGUGUCAACAUUAAGUGGGCUCAUGUUACAGGCAUUAUAGAUAUCCAGUACGGCUUCCAUUCUAAUGCAUCUGCCAAGACUGAAGGACUUUGUGGUAUAUGCAAUGGCGAUCCAGUAGAUGACCUGAAAAUGCAAAAUCGGACAAUAAUUACUAAUAAAGAAGAAAUUGAGGCUUUUAUUAAAAGUUGGGAAAUUGAGAAAUCUGUUGAUGUGACAACAAGGAGGCUUGUAAGAAACUGUACUGAAGAUAACUGCACAUAUUGUAUGGAACUCCUGCAUAGAUGGGUUUUUGUCCCCUGUCACAAAAAAGUUUCACCACAAGACUUUUGUGAGAAAAUGUGGAUCAACAAUACUUAUUUUUGGAAUUAUGAAUGUGAUGCUCUUUCUGCAUAUGUAGCAUUGUGCAGUAAACAUAACAUUUGCAUUAAAUGGAGAACACCAGACUACUGUUCACUCCGCUGUCCAAGUGGAAAAGAAUACCAGCCUUGUGUGCAACCUUGUGCUGCCAAAACAUGCCUAAAUAAAUGGUUUUAUGAAGAAUCCCCAUGCUCCUAUUUAAGAGAAGACUGUGUUUGCAAAAACGGGACCAUUCUGCAUAGAACAGACUCUGACCUCUGCAUUCCAGAAGAAAAAUGUGCCUGUACUGAUAAUGAAGGGCAUCCCCGUUCUGCUGGAGAGGUUUGGAAUGGCUCCAGUAAAGGAUGCUGCAUGUACAAGUGCUUGGAAAAUGGAAGCAUUAUUGCUGUAGAACCUGAAUGUAAGCAAGAGCCACCUCCAAAAUGUGAGCAGGAGGGUGAAGUGAUUAUUAAUGUAAUUGAAGAACAAACUUGCUGUCCAAAGAAAGUCUGUGAAUGUAACAUGACUGCAUGUGACUCUGUUACUCCAACAUGUAAAACUACUGAGAAGUUGGUAGUGAGAUACAGUCUUUUGUCCUGCUGCCCUCAGUACCAAUGUGAUUGCAAUCCAUCAGCAUGCCCCAACACAUCCCGUCCUGAAUGCAGAGAAGACCAGUUUAUUGUUGAAGCAAAACAGGAGGACCCAUGCUGUUUCUCUUACUUGUGUGUUUGUGAAUCCUGCAUUGAGCCUAUUCCAGUAUGUAAUGAAGGGGAAAUUCUCACUGUAGAUCUCAGCACCACACAUUACUGUUGCCCUCAUUACCACUGCAUCUGUGAUGAGAAUCUCUGUCACUUGCCUCUUCUGAAUUGUUCUACUGAUAUGAAACUGGUGAAGAAAAGAAUAUUUGGACAGUGCUGUCCAGACUGGAACUGUGAAUGUAACUGUGAAAAUGAUACUGUACCAGCUUGCAAAGUGGGAGAAGUUCAGAGGUUAGAUGCUAACGUUUCCAGCCCAUGUGGAUGCCCACAGUACACUUGUGAAAAGGAUAAUGUCUGUGUAUUCCAAGAAGUAACUGUACUGAAUCCUGGUCAGUUUGUGAUUCAGUAUUUGGAUGGAGAUUGCUGUUACACAGCAAAGUGUUCACAAGAAAGAGACUCCAGCACAGGAUUCCAUGUCAUGGAUCUGAUAGUGGUAAACUGUUCCCAAAAAUGUGAAGCUCAUCAAGUAUACAUUCCUUCUCUUAGUCAGCAUUCUUGUUGUGGAUCCUGCAUAAAUGUGUCAUGUACUUUCCAUACUGGUAAUGGAACCAUCAUCAUAUAUGAAGAAGGAAGCUCAUGGGAGUUUAACUGCACUAAAUAUCAGUGUGCAAAGACCGCUGUAGGUGCAAUCGUCCUUGGAUCCAGCCUCACUUGCCCACCCUUUAAUGAGACUGAGUGUACAAAGAAUGGAGGCACUGUACAGACAUAUAACGAUGGCUGCUGCAAGACCUGCAAAAGAGAUGAAAGGAUUUGCCAGAAAGUGACAGUUCGAACAACUAUAAGAAAACAUGACUGUAUAAGUAGAAGUCCUAUCAAUGUAGCUUCUUGUGAUGGAAAAUGUCCCUCUGCUACAAUUUUUAAUGUCAACAUUGAUAGCCAUUUAAGAUUCUGCAAAUGCUGUCGGGAAAAUGGAGUGCAAAAUCUAACUGUGCCACUCUACUGCUCAGGAAAUGGCACUGACAUCAUGUAUGUCAUCCAGGAGCCUACAGAUUGUUCAUGCCAAUGGAACUGAGACUGUAUGAUUAUGUCCGAGUACUGCAUUCAUCAGGAUUA